CCAUCUGGCGGGGGGCUGUUCCCCUACACGGGCAUAGGGAGCUGCCCCUGCUCCGAGGAGGCCGCGCUGCCCUUCCCUGCGCCGAGCACGGGCAGGUGUGCCUGGCACGGAGCAGGCCGUUCCGACGCCCGGGGCUUGCCGUGGCCGCGCGUGGCCCCCCUUCCGUUUGCAGACGGGACUUGAGGGCAUCUGAAGUGCGGGGCGAGGCGCUCGGGCAUCGGUUCCCUCGCCGGCGUCUCUUUGGGGCCCAGAUAAGGAUGCUGCUUGGAACAUGCCGCAUGUUGUGCUAACCCUCCAGAUGCCCCGGGAAGAGGCGCGACCAGCCCUGGCAGCGAUAGCAUCUGUGUGAUGGAAAGGUCAGGCUUGCAUGGGUCUCUACCUGGAAAGGUAUGCUUUGGAGAUCUCUGAACUGAUCAAGGAGUGGUUGCUGGUUACAUUUCUUUAUCAGCGUCUUGCCUGCCCGGCCCGUGCCCUUGACGCAUUUUGGAAAGGCCGCCCGUGGCUUGAAACAAAUCAAUGGAGGAGUUGCGUAAAACACGCAAGGUUAGCUGCAGCCAGGCCCGUGUUAGCACGCUUGGAAUUUGGCUAGUUGGCAUGUUUGCUGGUUUGAAGAAUGGCUUUUUUGUGCUGGCUGCGGCUGCCCACUCACGGGGAAAGGAGGACAUGGGGGUGGGAGGAAGGGGCUCUGGGGGGCCCAGGCGCUGAGAACCCGCACCCCACCCCCCUCCAGCGCAAGCCGGCUUCAGAUCUCUGACAAAAGGGCUCAGCCUUCCCAGAGGCAUUCCUUGGGGGGGGGGGGGGAUGGUGACAUCUGUCAGGCGGCCCCAGUCCCUCCUCCCCCGAGGUCAGGGCCGGCAUCUUCCCAGUGGGCCUAUAAAACAGAGGGAACUGGCCGGCCCUGCACCGGCUCCCUGGGAUCGCCCCCUUUGGACGCAGGCAGGCGGAGACGGGCAGAGCUGUGAAAGCAGGAAGAUGGGCCCGAUGGCCUACUUCAGCAUGGGGCUCGUCAGCUGCCUGGUGGGUGGACACUUCCUGGGCGGAGCCGCGGCCGAGCCGUGCCGUGCCAAGGGGCUCUCCCGCAAUGGCCGCUGCUACCUCUACUUCCCCGAGGAGGUGACCUGGCCGGAGGCACAGGCUCAGUGCCGGCGCAGCCGGGGCCACCUGGUCUCCAUCCUGGACCUCACCGAGCACAAGUUCGUGGCCCGCUACCUGCGCCAGGUCCAGGGGUCGGACGACGAGGAUGUCUGGCUGGGGAUAUCCGUCCCUCCCCGGAGCCGCCGGUGGGCGUGGGCGGACGGCAGCCGCGUGGCCUACACCGCGUGGGAGGAGCCCCAGAGCUACUGGGAGCUGGACGGCGACCACUGCGCGCUGCUGGAGGAGUCCUCAGGGUUCAUGCUGUGGGAGAAGGAGUCCUGCUUCGACAAGAACCCCUUCCUCUGCAAGGUCUAGGCGGACCCCUACAAGCCACGGGCCCCAUCCUGGAGGGGCGUCUGCCGGCCUGGCCCCCACCCCUCGGGCACCAGGCGCCGCUGCUCCUCCGCCACCCGUGUGAAGCCGCAAUAAACGCCUCGAAGCACU